AUGCACGACCUCAAGCCGCUCGUCGUACCCCACCUUGCUGCCGCCGUUCGCAAGUCCUCCAAGGGCUCAUUGACAAUGUCUGAGGACCCUACCUCGUCCAUCUACUCGACUGCCGACUCGGGCUUCUACUCUGCCUCCGAGUGCUCCACGCCGCCCACCCCAAGCCAGUACAUCCGCGGCCACUUCCGCUUUCCCAGCUCCGCCUCGUCACUGUCGUCGAGCCCGCCAGCCUACGAGCCGCUCGAGGCCUCCAACAGCUCUGGCAAGCUGCCCAAACUGACCGAGGAGCCCUUUGAGCGUGAAUACGACUACGUGAGCCAAGAUGUAUACCGCUGCUCUUGCGACACCCAAGGUUCUUAUGGCCACGCGCAACACUGCAGGAUAUCCAGAGCAUACGACCCUCAAGACGAGUACUUUUCUACAGGCGACCCCGAACUGCGAUUGGCAAAGCGACGACGGUCCCUCGAAGCAUCCGCGCACAGCAUCGCCGGCAAGAUUGAGAGGCGCUUUCCCUCGUUGUCGCGCAGGGUGCGCGACCGCAGCUCGACGCUCAGCAGAGUAUCCCGCAGUGCGACCCCCUCGGGAGUGUCUUCGACGCGCUCCUCGUCGCUCGCCGGUUCCCUCUACCAUGUCUCGACCGUCGACCUCGCCCCAGAGUACUCACCGCCAACGUCUACACCUGCCCUGGCCGCCAGAGAGCAUGUACACGACGACGCGCCCACGCCAAUGGCCAUUGACGUCGACAAGGCCAAUGCCAUGGAGUAUGAUGCAGAGGAGGUUGAGCGAGAGCGUUAUGCAACCACGCCACUCUUACCGCCAAUGCUCAUACCGUCUCGGACCGAAGAUGUCCCGGCUUCUUCGCCUCUGCAAUCACCAGCAGUUGCUGACACGGCUCAGUCUAUCGGCCAAAUCCCCUUUGGCACGCCACCCACGCGCAAUUACCCUACGCCGCCUCUGUCUUCAAGGCCAUCGUGCACAUCCAUCAAAGGCUACGCGGUAGCCUCGGCCGACAUUCCACCCCUGAUGCUCGCCCGACCUGACGACAGAUGGGCCAACAUUCUGGGCCAUGCCAACUUUACCAUUCUCCCAGAGCCAUACAUUCCCGAGGUAUUCGACGCAGCCGCCAUUGAAGAGCACCUCGCCGAGUGGGCCCAAGCGCGGCGCAACUAUGCAAAGCACCAAGUACGAACCGCCGAACACUACGGAGUGACAUCCAAGCACUAUCUUCUUACGGAGCAGAAAUGGGAGGAAAUUGACGCCGAGUGGAAGAAGAACCACGACCUUGCAAAGGCACAUGCGGCGGCGCUUGGCGAGGAGCUCGCGCCCUAUUCACCAACGGAGCCAGGGCCUCUGAGCCAGAUGCCAACGCUCCAUGACGCCAAAAGCGAGGGCAAGUUUCCGAAACUGGGCGACGAGGACAUUGUCGGACCCAUGCAGCAAGCCGCCGCACUACUCCCAAGUUCGCCUUCACGUAAGCGCGCAUUCCUCAAGUUCCUUGGCGAUCUGCGCUUCCCAAGGUCGUUCUUAGGCCGUUCGUCGGGCGGAUCCCGAUACCGCUAA